GGCUGCUUUCUGCACCUUGCCAUCCUUCUGCAGCUCCAUGAGGCCCUGCAGGUCCCUGAAGACAGCGGCGCUGGCGGUGUUACUGGCGGUGCUGCUCCACCCUGUGGCCCUGGGCAGGGCCACUCCAGAGAACUACCUGUGGCAGAGACGCUUCGAAUGCUACGCCUCCAACGGGACGCAGCGCUUGCUGGACAGGUUCGCCUACAACAGGGAGGAGUUCGUGCGCUUCGACAGCGACGUCGGGGAGUUCCGCGCCGUCAGCGAGCUCGGCCGACCGGACGCCGAGUUCUGCAACCGGGAAUACCUGCAGCAGGCGCGGGCCGAGGUGGACAGGGUGUGCAGACACAACUACGAGUUGGUCCAGGGUCUCCCCGUGCUGCUCCAAGCCCAGCCCCGAGUGAGCGUCUCCCCAUCCAAGAAGGGGCCCCUGCAGCACCACAACCUGCUCGUCUGCCAUGUGACAGAUUUCUAUCCAGGCCACAUUCAAGUCCGAUGGUUCCUGAAUGGACAGGAGGAAACAGCCGGGGUCGUGUCCACCCACCCAAUCCAUAAUGGAGACUGGACCUUCCAGAUCCUGGUGAUGCUGGAAAUGACCCCCCACCAGGGAGACGUCUACACCUGCCACGUGGAGCACCCAAGCCUGGACAGUCCCGUCACUGUGGAGUGGAAGGCACAGUCUGAUUCCGCCCGGAGCAAGAUGCUUGCUGGCGUCGGGGGCUUAGUGCUGGGGCUCGUCUCCCUGGCAGUGGGCGUCUUCAUGCACAGGAGGAGCAAGAAAGGGCCCUGAUCGGACCUGAAGACUGUUUGGGGACAAGCUUUGUGCUCUUUCUCACUCCCAAUGGCUGACCUUCGCCCUCGCCCUCCCCUCCCCCUCUCCCUCCGAUCUGGGUUAUAAGGCGCCCAUUCACAUGGCACUGGUUUGAUGUUUAAAUUAGUAAAAGUAUGUCUUACCAUCACCACUAAGAAAUUAAAUGAGGAUCAAGGCCGGGACUGUGGUGUAGCACAUAAAGCCUCUGCCUGCAGUGCCAGCAUCCCUUAUGGGCGCUGUUUUGAGCCCCGGCUGCUGCACUUGCAAUCCAGCUCUCUGUUGUGGCCUCGGAAAGCAGUAGAAGAUGGCCCAAGCCCUUGGGCCCCUGCACCCACCUGGGAGACCCGGAAGAAGCUCCUGGUUCCUGGUUUCAGAUUGGCGCAGCUCCAGCCAUUGCGGCCAUCGGGAGAGUGAAUCAACGGAGGGAAGAUUUCUCUUGCUGUCUCUGCCUCUGCCUCUGCUCUGUCUGUGUAACUCUGACUUUCAAAUAAAUAAAUACAUUUUUAAAAAGGAAA